AUGCCGCCACCUGGUGGCAAACCGGGUUACAAUGGCGGCUUCUACUUCAUCAACCUCGACCACAUGUCGAAAUCUAAGAAAUAUCAGGCGGCGGUGCAGACAUACGAAGUCGAAUCGGUCGUCGCGAAAGUAGGACACGACGUAUGGCCUAUUCAGCAGUUGUUUAAAACUUACCGAAAGAAAUACAAUCGCUUCAACGACAUAUUUUACUUCAUUCCGUUCGCCCUUCACAAGGUCAUUGACCUGUCUGAGGUCGAUCGCAUCAUCAAGGUGGAUGCCGACAUGAGAUUAAUGACCGACAUUCGGACACUUUGGCGAGAGUUUGAUGAAUUCAAAGAGGAGACAAUAUUCGCGCUGGCUCAAGAGCAACAACCUGUAUAUUAUCAAAGGUUUGCGAUAGCACGCGUGGCUGUUGGUGACGACAGGCUGGGCAUGCCGCCACCUGGUGGCAAACCGGGUUACAAUGGCGGCCUCUACCUCAUCAACCUCGACCACAUGUCGAAAUCUAAGAAAUAUCAGGCGGCGGUAGCCGAGAGAAAUCUGAGAUAUUUAAUGCGAAAGUACUAUUUUACGAAAUCGCAUCUCGGCGACCAAGAAGUGGUGACGAUAUUGGGCAUGGAGUAUCCCGAACUGUUUCACACGCUGCCGUGCACGUGGAAUCGGCAGCUGUGCCUCAAGUAUGCGCGCAUCAUCACCAUGACCCCGGCUUUAUUCGAACUGUUCAACCGAUGUGACGGAGCGGUGAACUUGUACCACGGCAACUGUCACACGCCAUUUCCACCCGAAGCUGAGUUGUAA